AUCUCUUUUUAUCUCCUGCAUCUACUCCAUUCCAUGUACAUAUAUAAAGAGCCUUUGCAGUAACAUUACAUAGUUCCCGCAACUUUCAUAUCUUGCACAUCGUUCUGUUCGUAUCAACCUAACAAGUAUUUUAUUAAAGUCUUCAUUUAUUUAGUUGAAAUAUGCCGACUACAAACAUGCUUGCACUUGACUUAGAACUUUUCAAACUUUUUGGUUUUUGGGGUGGUAUACUGGUUUUAAAAACUAUAGGAGUAACACUUUUAACUGUGAAUCAGAGAUUUAAAAAGAGGAUAUUUCUAAAUCAAGAUGACUGUAACCUAGCAGGAGGUGGAAAAGUUACGAAUGAUCCUGAUAUUGAACGUGUACGCAGAGCGCAUUUAAAUGACUUGGAAAAUAUUCCUCUUUGGUUCAUAUGUACAUGUCUAUGGUUAACUACAGGACCUAGUACAUGGUUGGCUGGGAAUUUAAUCAAAGCUUUUGUACUUGUCAGAAUUGGUCAUACAUUUGUAUAUGCUAUUUAUCCAAAGCAACCAUUCAGAGCAAUCUUCUUCGGAGUUGGUCUUUCCAUUACUAUAUACCAAGCUGUUAGUACAAUAUUGUAUUAUUCAUAGUUUAGAGUAACAUGUUACUUGGUUUAUAAGAAAAAUUAUUUUUGAAUGAUUUUUAUAACUAAUGUAAGCUGAUACAAAUAAGAUAUAUUUUACAUACAUACAAUAAUGAUAUAUUAAAAACUAUUUUUAUAAAGCAUGUAUAAGUUCAAUAUGAAACAAACUGUGUAAAUUACAAAAACCAAAACACUUCA